ACUAAUUAAAGUAUAAUCCCUAGAAGUUUGCGUCUUUUUUCGCCCUCCUCCUCAAGCCUCUCUUCUGAGAGGUUUUGCUUGCGAAGAUCCGGUGGAGCUCAUUGCUGUGUGUCUGGAUCAAGAUAACGGUCAGUUAUGUUCUUAUCUUGGGUGUGAAUUCUGUAUAAUGCUUUAGUUGGCUGUAUUUCAUUUUGGAUUAUAGCAGGAAAAAUAAACAGUAGAUAAUUAUCCAUGGAAUUCGAACCUUUGAACAUGGAAAAUGAGGUGAUUGAAUUCGAUAUGGGAUUGACGGAUGAUGCCGUGGACAUCGAGCAUCCCGUUGAUGAGGAUGAUCAUGAGAUGCUGGAGAGUUCCACUGGCAGGGAAUUGUACAUCUCUGAGGCUGACAUGAACCUUGAACCUUACGAGGGCAUGGAAUUUGAGUCUGAAGAGGCCGCUAAGGCCUUCUACAAUUCCUAUGCUCGGAGGGUCGGGUUUAGCACCCGUGUCAGCAUGUCCCGUCGCUCCAGGAGGGAUGGAGCGAUCAUACAGAGAUCCUUUGUGUGCGCCAAGGAAGGGUUUCGAUCUGAGAAAGAUCGCCCUGGCAGUGAUGGCAAAGUCAAACGGCCCCGAGCGGUGACCAGAGUUGGUUGCAAGGCCAUGUUGGUGGUCAAGAUACAAGAAUCGGGGAAAUGGGUUGUGUCUGGGUUUGAGAAGGAACACAAUCACGAGCUUGUCCCGCCAGAUAAGGUGCAUUGCCUGCGUUCCCACAGGCAUGUUUCCGGUUCCGCAAAAUCCUUAAUCGAUACUUUGCAGGGUGCUGGAAUUGGCCCGAGUGGGAUUAUGUCUGUGUUGAUUAAAGAAUAUGGUGGAAUUACCAAUGUUGGUUUCACCGAGCGUGACUGCAGGAAUUAUAUGAGAAGUAGUCGUCAGAGGACCCUUGGUGGAGACACCCAGAUCCUUUUGGAUUAUUUGAAGCACAUGCAUGCGCAGAACCCAGCAUUCUUCUAUGCCAUCCAGGGUGACGAGGAUCAGUGUUUGAGCAAUAUCUUCUGGGCAGAUCCAAAGGCCAGAAGUAACUAUACUUAUUUCGGUGAUACAGUUACCUUUGACACUACGUACAGGUCGAAUCGAUAUCGUUUGCCUUAUGCCCCUUUCACCGGUGUAAACCAUCAUGGCCAGCCUGUAUUGUUUGGUUGUGCUCUCCUCGUAAAUGAGUCUGAAGCAUCAUUUGUUUGGCUUUUCAAGACCUGGCUUACAGCAAUGUCAGGACGCGCUCCUGUGUCGAUCACUACUGAUCAUGACCGGGUGAUACGGUCAGCAGUCACACAGGUGUUCCCAGAGACCCGUCACCGUUUCUGCAAGUGGCACAUCUUCAAAGAAGGCCAGGAGAAGUUGUCUCAUGUGUAUCUUGAACACCCAACUUUUGAAGCAGAGUUCCACAAAUGUGUCAAUCUGGCUGAAUCCAUUGAAGAGUUUGAAUCUUGUUGGAUGUCCCUCAUUGAUAGGUAUAAUCUCCGGGAGCAUGAUUGGCUUCAAGCAAUAUUCAAUGCUCGCAGGCAGUGGGUGCCAGUGUAUCUGCGGGACACAUUUUUUGCAGAAAUGUCUAUAGCACAAAGGAAUGACAGUAUGAACUCUUAUUUUGAUGGGUAUGUGAAUGCUUCAACCACUUUACAGUUGUUAAUUAAGCAGUAUGAGAAGGCACUGGAGAGCCGGUAUGAGAAAGAGGUGAAAGCUGAUUAUGAUACGAUGAACACUGCCCCUGUUUUGAAGACCCCAUCUCCCAUGGAGAAACAAGCUGCUGAGCUUUACACUAAAAAGUUAUUUAUGAAAUUUCAAGAGGAGUUAGUUGAGACUCUUACUUUCAUGGCAACCAAAAUGGAAGAUGAUGGGUUAAUGACCACAUAUCGGGUAGCGAAGUUUGGAGAAGAUCACAAGUCUUACAUUGUCAGACUCAAUGUUCUUGAGAUGAAGGCUACUUGUAGCUGCCAAAUGUUCGAGUUCUCAGGUCUUCUUUGCAGGCACAUAUUGACCGUCUUUAGGGUCACUAAUGUUCUAACCCUUCCUUCGCACUAUAUUUUGAAACGAUGGACAAGAAAUGCUAAAAGUGGGGUUAUAUUAGAAGAACGUGCCAGUGAUCUGCUGAAUUCUCGAGAAUCUAUUACUGUACGAUACAAUAAUUUGCGUCAGGAAGCCCUUAAAUAUGUAGAUGAAGGGGUGAAAAACAUUGAAAUCUAUAAUGUGGCUAUGGGUGCUUUACAAGAAGCUGCCAAAAAAGUUGCUUUUGCUAAAAAGAAUGGCGGGAAAUUUCUACUGGUCAAUGGAACUAACCGAGAAGACGGUGUAACUGAUGGAAGUCAGGGUCAUUGGGUUUCUGGUCAGCCACAAACUCAGGAUGAGAAAGACAAGAAAAUUCAGCAACUGUCUCGAGAGCUAGACCGUUCAAAUCACAAGUGUGAAGUAUAUCGAGCUAACCUGCUUGCAGUGUUGAAAGAUAUCGAGGAGCAGAAACUACAGCUAUCAGUUAAAGUUCAAAAUGUAAAGCUUGGUAUGAAAGAGUGAGCUCUGAACAGGGUUAGAUAUUGUCCAAGGGUUUUUUUUGUUUCCCCCUGUACUUAAGAUCAUCUAGACUAAUCUGUCUGUUCUUCUUCCCUUUGAUAAUUCUAGGGACCUGGGAUUUGGUCUUCA